AGAAUUCGCUCUUACGCGAUUUCGCGAUUUUCGUGUCAUCAUAAUCAUCAUAUUCUCUUCUUCUUCUUCUUCUUCUUCUUCAGACCCGCUAGCUCCUUACCGGAAGCAGUUGAAGCGUUGAUUUUUUCACAGAACGUCUCCAAAUUUUCUGGAGGUGUGCACGCAUAUCAAGCGAUCGCUUGUUUCUUGCCGCAAGUCACUACGGUAGAUCGUUGAGCUCUUCCACGGUAGUCACUGAACAACGCCAUUUGCUGCUAACUCAGCAUCAGUGAGCCGCAUGCGCCGAGGAGGGCGUUUCCAAUGCGGUGCGCGCGCAUUUUGCCUGAUCCACGAACGAGACUAAGCCAGGACUGGAUGCCUGCAGAGAAAACUACUCUCAUCCUCCAGUGCCUUCUCAGAAAUUUUUAACAGCUAUGAGGGUUGCUGAAGGAUUUGCAAGAAAGGUGUCACUGGCAUUUAUUGGAAUCUCAUUCAUUGGUUGGAUUGUGUUUACUGCUGGUUUUGGACGAUACAAAAAAUGGUUGGAUGACAAUGAGGAUCAUGUAAGCGUGGAGGAAUCUUACCUUUACGCCUUCAGGGCAGGCAGUAUGAUUGGUCCAUUUGUACAUUUCCUGGCCAUUGCUCAUGUGUUGCUGUGGGGACUGCCCAGCUCUAUUGUUGGAAGUAUUACAGCUGUGGUCUCUAUCAUGUACUUGUCAGCUGUGGGUUAUGGCAUGGUGUUAGGUGGAAUCUACAUCAAUACACAUCUGAUGACGAUGUUCCUGAUGAUUUGGAUAACGGUCUCAAGCUCGUGUUUGCCGGAGGGCUUAUAACUACUCUAUUCUGGGUAUGGUGUGUGUUGUGUUUCUUUGCAAUACGCACAAUCAACAUUCCCAAGCAUGCAGCAAGUAUCGUAACUGCG